UCUACUGAGUUGUCUUCCUCUGCCCCUCCCCGGCUCCUGGCUGGCCCUAUCCCGUCUUUUCCUAUUUUACUUAUGCAUUCUCCCGUCGGGCCUUCCAUAUAAUUGCACGCCCGCCACUGUCAUUCGGGGUGCUUGCUGGUGCAUGCCAUUUCCCGUUGCUGGCUUUGCCGUUCUUCCAUCUUGGCCCUACACCUACAGCUCUAUAAAUUCCUUCCCACCCACGGUGCCACCCUCUGUGCUCAACACCAAACUCCACUUCCAUGCAUGGCACGCCAUAGUUAACAGUCACAAUGGCCUUGUACGACUCCUACAAGACCGCGGAAGCUGUGGCUGAAGGCUUUCGCUAUUUUCGCGAACCUCUGCAAGAAUACAACACGGAAAUCACCCGCCUCGUUGCCCAGCUCUAUUCGAUCAGUGUCUCUCUCAAAGGCCUGGAGGACUUGACAAGACAUCGAGCCUACCACCACAAUCUACCUGCCAUUCAGCCCGAUCUGGAAUUACUUCGGGCUAGCUUGAAGUACACGCUCGAGGACGUGCUUGAUUUCUUCGAUGAUCUGGAGAACCGACGAGGCGACAGCAGCGGAGUAUACAAGCAAAUCUGGGUCGAACUUUGUUCUCACUUUGUCGCGGAAUCCCAGGAGUCUUUGUCCACUCGAUUAGCCAAGUACAACUCUUUCCUGGGUGAUUUAAACCGUAUAAUGAAGGGUGAAUACCCCGAUACUCGUCUAAUGUCAUCACUCCGCAGCAAUAUCAAAGGGCUCUUAGUCCAUCAGGAUAGCCGACUUGCGCCACGUCUAGGUUCUCUGUCAUUGAGCUCGCCGUCCUCCUCCAGCAGCAGCAGUAGCAGCAAUGCUGAUCCGGGGAGUCCUGCGAGUGACCGUAGGCCUCGCAGCCGCAGGUCGUACGAACGAGCACGGCCUGCUCAUUCUUCGCCUCAGUCUCCUAUAUCGACUUCAUCGGGCACGUUUUCUGACAUUCCACCCUCUGUUCCUGAUGCUCCGGAUUCUCCUACCACCAGCACGACCGCCACUAGCCAGUCAGUAGACUCGACUUCUGCCAGCGACCACUGGGCCAGGCGAGUAUUUUUGGACGAGCAUCCAAAGACCGCGAUCCCUUUUGUCGGUGAAAGCUCUAAAUGCCUCGGGGAAUUGAGAGAGGGCGUCAAUGUCAAAGCCUGGCUUCACAGUCAGGGCUUCGAGGAGUUGUUUGAGCUUGCUUUCAACGGCGACGAGACAGAUCUUCGCGUAUCCUUCUACCUACGGGACGAUGACAAUCGCGUACGGAUCGUGUGCAAAUCUCGGCGGUCUCGAUCUAGCGAUUACUUUUGCCUGCCUUUGAAUUUGCUUGAGAUCGUCCGUGUCGGCUCCUGCCUGCAAAUCUGUCGACGGCGGCGCGGAGGCUCUGAGCUCGUCUUGUGGGCCAACCUCAAGUUUGGCACCAUUGAACAUAUGGUAAUCUUUUUCUGCACGUUCUUGGCUCUACGGUCGCAGGAUUCUGGUCGGCCCGUGGAACGCAUUCGCGAUUACGAGCUUGACGAGGAGGAGGAGCUGUUUGGAGGACAAAUUGUCGAUGAUGACUUUCUCCAUGCCUUGCGUGUAUACCGAGACAACGUAUCUGGAGCCGUCCGACUGCAAGCCUCCGUCCACAAAGGGGAAAUGAAACGGAUGCCCGUUUGGACUGCCUUUAUAACGAGAUCCAUUAAAUCCAGAGGCUGGAUUCGCCGACUGAAUCCCAAAACGGUGGUCCUACGCGACCUCCAUCGGGUCAUCUUUACAUUCCCAAAUUACAACCCACCAAUGACACCAAAAGGAGAACAUAUCUUGAUGUUCAAGAAUCGUUCUGAUGCCCAGGGCUUCAUGGACACGAUCGCGGAACUGUCUUAAUUAUAACAUGAAUGAUUAGGGAUGCUGACAAUCCAGCGUUGUUGUAUUAGUUGCGGCAAGGACAGGGAACAGUCCUACCUCGCCCAGUAUCGAUAGUGUUUACGAUGAAUGUGUUACGAUUUAUGAUGAAACGAGCCACAUGAUGACGG